UUUGAACCAUCGAAGUCAUUUACUAUUUUGUAUGGCGAGGCUAUCUCUACGUGGCGCAAUGUCUACCGGGAAAUCUGAAUCGACGACUUGACUAAGGAUUCAAAUGACUCGUAACUCCUCCUUGGCACCGUUACUAAUCUAACAUCUCUCUCUCUCUCUCUCUGGAACUCUCAUCACCUUAUCAUCUCCCGUAACAAAACCAAAAUGUUCCUCUUAAAGACAUGGAGAUCAACCGCUUUCGGGAUUUAUGGCUAUAUGAAUUUCACCAAGACUGGUUUCCUAGACCAUUCAAAGAAGUUCAAACCUGAAGAUAUGCAGAUACAAAUCCAAGGAAAGAACUGUGUGGUCACUGGAGCUAACUCUGGUAUUGGUUACGCCGUUGCUGAAGGUCUUGCUUCACGUGGAGCAACUGUUUACAUGGUGUGUCGGAACAAGGAAAGAGGAGAGGAGGCUCUUUCUAAGAUUCAAAACUCUACAGGAAACCAGAAUGUCUACCUUGAAGUUUGUGAUUUGUCUUCUGUUAAUGAUAUAAAGUCAUUUGCUUCGAGUUUUGCUUCAAAGGAUGUUCCGGUUCAUGUGCUGGUUAAUAACGCCGGUUUGCUUGAGAACAAACGAACGACUACACCUGAAGGAUUCGAGUUGAACUACGCGGUGAAUGUACUUGGGACAUACACAAUGACAGAGCUGAUGCUUCCGCUGUUGGAGAAAGCGUCGCCUGACUCCAAAGUCAUCACCGUCUCCUCUGGUGGAAUGUACACGUCGCCACUUACAACAGAUCUUCAGUUUAGUGGUGAAAAGUUCGAUGGAGUGUUACAAUACGCACGGAAUAAAAGAAUCCAGGUGGCUCUGACAGAAAAAUGGGCUGAUAAGUACAAGAACAAAGGCAUAGGUUUCUACUCAAUGCACCCUGGCUGGGCUGAGACACCUGGUGUCGCCAGGAGUUUGCCCAGUUUCAAAGAAUCGUUCUCUGGUAAGCUUAGAACGAGCGAAGAAGGAGCAGACACAGUUGUUUGGCUAGCACUUCAGCCUAAAGAGAAGCUGGUCUCUGGUGCAUUCUAUUUCGAUAGAGCAGAAGCACCAAAACAUCUGACGCUUGCAGGUACAAGCAAGUCUCAUGACCUUAUAGACUCUGUCAUUGACACACUGCAUUCCAUGGCAGCUCUUGAUCCUUAAAAACUAUAUCUUCUACAUGGGUUUUUUCUCGAGAAUAAAUGUGAUCGAUCUCUGGUAAAUAUCACAAUGGAAUAAGAUUCAAAUAUUAAACUUUCCUAUUCUUUCCUUGGAAAGUAUUAUUGUGCUGGAUGAUUACAUAGUAUCAGAACAUAAGAAAUACACAUGGUUUUUAACAUUGGCAUAGUAGCCAUGUUAUGGAUCUCA